AUGAUGAUAGAUUAUCAGAUAAAAACAGGGAACAUCCACCAAUCAAGCCGGCUGGGGUAUCACCCGCCGGCGACGGAUUUCCCGCGGCCGUCAGAUCUCGUUGUUUUUCUACGCACGCCCCUUCAAAAUAUCAUCUUCAUCAUGGAAGACGACGAUGAAAUCCAGUCACACCCAUCUCCCGGAACCGGAUCUCCGGAAUCCCCACGCUCAGACGGCCGUAUAACGGUAACGGUAGCCGCCGCACCGCCUCAGAAUACCCUGACUCUAGCCCUACCUAUUCAGCAACCAAGAACCAUCGGAAACGGUGGAGGAGGCGGUGGAGGUGGCCGUGAAGACUGCUGGAGCGAAGGGGCCACGGCUGUGCUAAUCGACGCCUGGGGCGAACGGUACCUAGAGCUGAGCAGAGGAAAUCUGAAGCAAAAGCACUGGAAAGAAGUUGCCGAUAUAGUCGGCAGCCGAGAUGAUUACACGAAAACCCCCAAAACCGACAUUCAGUGCAAGAAUCGAAUCGAUACGGUCAAGAAGAAGUACAAGCUUGAGAAGUCCAAGAUCGCCGCCGGUGGUGGUCCCAGUAAGUGGCCUUUCUUCGAAACGCUCGACCGAUUGAUCGGUCCGUCCGCCAAGGUUGCCGCCGGUGUUGCCGGCACGUCCUCAUUAACCCCAGCUCUACCCUCGAAAAUCAGUUCAUCAGUACCAAAAACACCAACCACAGCCCCAGAAACAAAGCAACAGCUUCGGAGAAAACCUCCGGUGGAUUCCGAUGAGGAGUCUGACUCGGAGCCUCCUGCAGACUCAGAUGAUAGUUUUCCGCCGGAGAAUUAUGAGAGGAAAAGGCCUAGGAUACAGAGGGAUCUGAAUCCGACUGUAAUGCGGACUGGCGCUAAUCGAGGAACGGAUGUAGGAGUGGUAGGUAAAGAGAAGAAUUGGGGGAAUUCGGUGAGGGAACUGACUCGGGCGAUACUCAAGUUUGGAGAGGCUUACGAGCAUGCGGAGAGCUCUAAGUUGCAGCAGUUGGUGGAGAUGGAGAAGCAGAGGAUGAAGUUUGCAAAAGAGCUGGAGCUGCAAAGAAUGCAGUUCUUCAUGAAGACACAGUUGGAGCUUUCGCAGCUGAAGCAUAGAAGGGCCGGAAUUAGUAAUCAUCACAGCAAUAACACCAACAACAAGAUCAAUAAUAACAAUAGUGAUAGUAGUAAUUAG